AGGAGCAAGGCUAUCACUUGGCUGGACGUCUUGACCAUGGACAGGGACCGGAGUGAGGAUGACAGUAUGGCUGACCUCAGCUUUGAGGCUGAAAGCCCUGUGAUGCCUCCUGAUGAGCUCCUGGAGGGACUGCCCAGCUAUGACUGGCUUCUUCAAGGACGUGGAAGGCAGGUCUUCUUCCCACCCUUGGAGAGCCUGGGGAGGUCCCAGGAGCCUCCGUCUUGGUCCUCAGUCUUGGAGCACAGCAGAGUCCCUGUGGUGACCGAGGAGGUGGCCCGUGAGGCCCUGCUCAGCUUUGUGAAUUCCAAGUGCUGCUAUAGCAGUGCAGCUGCUGGGAACCUCAUCAUCCAGGAGCUGAGGCAGCAAACUCUCUGCAGGUAUCGGCUGGAGACCUUCAGCGAAUCCAGAGUCAGCGAGUGGACAUUUCAGCCCGUGACUAACCACUCAGUGGACGGGCCACAGAGAGGUGCCUCCCCCAGGCUUUGGGAUAUGAAGGUCCAGGUGCCUCCGAUGUUUCAGGAAGACACCAGAAAGUUCCAAGUGCCUCACUCCUCCCUGGUGAAGGAAUGUCACAAAUGCCAUGGGCGUGGCCGCUACAAGUGCAGUGGCUGCCAUGGGGCUGGCAUGGUGAGGUGUUCGUCCUGCAGUGGCACCAAGCGCAAGGCCAGGCAGCCCCGGAGAUGUCACAUGUGUUCCGGCUCGGGCAGGCGCAGGUGCAGUACGUGCUCUGGGAGGGGGAACAAGACGUGUGCCACCUGCAAGGGGGAGAGGAAGCUGGAGCACUUCGUCCAGCUGGUCAUCAUGUGGAAGAACAGCCUGUUUGAGUUUGUGUCCCCACACCACCUCCACUGCCCUGGGGAGCUGCUCGCCAAAGCCAGAGGGGAAAACCUCUUCAGGGACGAGAAUGCCAUGGUGUACCCCAUUGUGGACUUCCCCCUGAGGGAUAUCUCUCUGGCCUCCCAGAGGGGCAUCGAGGAACACAGUACCACUCUGGCUUCCCGUGCUCGAAUCCUUCAGCAGCGCCAGACCAUUGAGCUGAUCCCCAUCACAGAAGUUCAUUACUGGUACCAAGGAAAGACGUCUGUCUACUACAUCUAUGGCACCGACCACCAGGUGUAUGUGGCUGACUACCCUGAGCGAUACUGCUGUGGAUGCACCAUCCUCUGAUAGGCACAGCUGUCCCCAAACUCCACUGGUCACAUUUGACAAGGGGACAGCAGUGCUCUUUGAGUUUAGUUAUAUUGGUGAUAUUGGACAACCCCAAGCAAAC